AUGAGAUCCUCACUCCACACUCUCCUUUUUCUCAGCCUGUCAUCAACAACUCUCGCCGCCACAAACCUCAUCCCGCAUAAGCCUCCCGCGCGCCUCCUUGCCCAGCUAUUGCCAUCAUCUCACUUCCAAGAUGCCUCCGUCGUCAUUGCCGCCCAGUGCCGUCCGGGAGAGUUAGUCUGCAACGACGGCUGCAUGCCCUCUAUCGGAGAGUGCUGCUCCGACGGCCAGGGAUACUGCAAGCAGGGCUAUUCCUGCGUCACGGACGGAUGCUGCCCCAUUGGGAAAACCUGCAGCGACGAAAUCAGCUGUGACAUUGGCGAGGUGCCCUGUGGCGAGAAAAAGUGCAUGCCCAAGAACGCUGUCUGCUGUUCGAACGGGUCGUACUGCCAGGCUGGGGAGGAGUGUUUUCAGAACGGGUUCAAAGGCUAUUGUCAGCGGGCUGAUGGGAGUGGCAAUGGAAGCACAACUACUGGAGGAAGCAUCAGUAUCGCCGACGCGUCAAGUUCUCGUCCUCAGAGCACGCCUGUGUCGAAGACAACUCACGGAGAAGCUCCAACUUCAACAUCGGCCGAGACACAGACACAGACAGAGGCAGAGGCAUCGUCGACAUCCUCGUCGAUAUCAUCACAGAGUACAUCUUUCGUCCCCAUCUUCAGUGGCCACCCCAUAGUGACUCCAUUUCUCCCGAAAUCCUCAACCACGUCAGCAACGACAACUGAAUUCACCUCGUCAUCUACAACUGAGGCGUCCACAGCGACCACAACGAGCGGCGGAAAUCCCACAGCUAUCAAGAUGUCCGGUGUGAUGUUGGCAUUCGUUAUAGUAUCCAUCAUCAUAAUGACUCUUUGA